CUGGCCACCCAUUUGCCAGCCGCUCAGCGUGAGUGGGGAGGAGUUGCCUUGCCGUACCUUAUGCACGCCCCUCCGGUCAGGUCGGGAAGCUACUCGCUGCAGCAUGGUCUGGCUAGCUUAGACCAGGGUCCCGCCGAAUCGUCCCAUUCGUGCUGUGCUGCGUCGUUAAUCGGCUCUCGUCCCGACACGUGUCUGAUAGGCAGUGCCGGAUUGGCCGUGUCCGACUGGUCCCUGUGACAGCUGUCCGGCUUACAUCGGCUAUUGUCCGAACUGGGAGGUCCGGAUCGGCUGAGUUACCCGGUGUUUUGUCUUCGCAAAAAUAUAUUUCGGAGACUUCGCGAGGAAACCCUCGCGUCUUUGUCAAUCCGCUUCUGCGUGACUUCCUCCGAGUCGUCGAUUCAGCCAAUCGGCAUCAGCCAGUCAUGGCUUCGCUGGCCCUGGCAUCCGCGCCGGCACCGGCGUCCGAAGCGGCUAUGAUGGACUGUGCUGCAGCCAUGCAGACUUCCACUGAGGCACUCUCUUAUCGGAUCGGCGGCAUGCUGGGCAUCCUCGUUAGUAGCAUAAUCGGCUUCUCCCUGCCGUUUCUCCUGCGCGGGCGCCACAAGACGGUGCUCUUCUUCUUCCGUGCCUCGGCUGCUGGAAUCGUGCUGGCGGUCGCCAUCGUGCACAUCUUCCCAGGCGCACAGGAGGCCCUCUCCAACCCGUGCCUCAACUUCUCGACGUCGUUCCCCUGGGCGCCCGUCUUCAUCCUCUUCUCCGCGCUCUGCUCCUUCCUCGUCGAGUGCUACCUUAAGAAGAUGCUGCUGCUCUCCUGGCGCCGCAAGCACGCUGCCGCUGCUGCUGGUAAUGUAACGGGUGCGGUUACCACUGGUAUCACGCUGGGCAGCAGUGGCAGCAGCUCUGUGAGUAGGAGCAGGAAGAGGAGGCAGGGCAGCGGGGGGGUGGUGGUGGGUGACGGCCGAGUGGUGAGGCUGGCUGCUGCGUUGCUGGCAGGCGUGAGAAGGAAGGUGGGAGGAAACAGCAGCAGUGGUGGCGUUGCCAAAGGCGGUAGCCGUGACAGUAACAGGAGGGAUGGUGGCCUGAGGGCUGAUGGGACGCAGGGAGGGCAGCAGCAGUCCCAUUGUGCCAAGGGUCCUGACACUGACAACGCAUGCCAUGCUGCACCGUGCUGUGAUGCAGCAUGCAGCGUUGUUGCUUCUUGCCAUGACAACGCAUGCCAUGACACCACAUGCCAGGAUGCCCCAUGCCAUGAAGUGGUGUGCCAUGAUGCGGUCUGCAGUGAAGCAGCAUGCCAUGACGUGUCAUGCCACGAUUGCCCGGAAUCCACCUGCCACAGUGUUGCGUGCCACGAGAUCACAUGCCAUGAUGCCACCUGUCACGAUACCACCUGUCAUGAUACCACCUGUCACGAUACCACCUGUCACGAUAGCACCUGUUCAGAUACCGCCUGUCAUGGUGUCACCUGUCUGGAGGCCACCUGCACCUCUGCCGCCUGUGGCGAAUCCCAGUGCAUCGGCUCUAAGUGCACUGACGCCACGUGCACGGACACCAAGUGCAUUGACGCCAAGUGCUUAGCUAAGUGCUGCGAGUCCAAGUGCCCGGCCUGCCCCGACUGCGCUCUGGAUGUGAGAGGAGCAGAGGAGGAUACGUUCCCAGUGAAGGAGGAGAAAGAGGGGAGGGAGGAUAGCGAGAAGGAAAUCAGCAAGGCGGUAGCACUGUCGGCGCUGCGUGCAGUGGCGUACACCCUGGAGGCGGGCAUCAUAUUCCACUCUAUCUUCAUCGGGAUCGCUCUCGGGGCGAACCAGGACAGUGCGGAGAUCAAGGGGCUCGCCAUUGCUCUCGUCUUCCAUCAGGGUUUCGAGGGCAUAAGUCUUGGCACUGCCGUGGCCCCUUGCCGCUUCUCCACUCUCAAGACCCUAUUCAUGGGGCUGCUAUUUGCCUUCACAACGCCCCUGGGCGUUGCCAUAGGGCUCGCAGUGCAUUCCUCCUACAACUCCAACGGCCAAGCGGCUCUUGCCACCGAGGGCGCGUUCAAUGCAGUGUCGGCCGGCAUUCUCAUUUACAACGGGCUCGUCGACUUGUUAGUGCCGACGUUCGACGAGAAGGACGAGAACACCCUGAAGGAUCCGAUAGCGUACUUCUUUGGGUUUGUGUUUUUGUUCCUGGGCGCUGGAGCGAUGAGCCUGCUAGCCGUUUGGGCCUAGAAAUUGAUGGAGUUUAUUUCUAUCUGAGGACUUACUGAAGGCCUUUCUGUUUAGGAUUUUCUACUUGGUUUACGUUUAAUCACAACAGUACAGCACCUUUCGCUGACUAUCGCGG